AACAGAAAGAUAAAAUUGAAAAACACCAAUCAUAGAGCUUUUUUCAUCAAUUUGGCAGAGAGAAUAGGAACAGAACAAAUUGAACAUUUGUCAAUGAAAACCCUUCCUUAACAACUGUUCCUGCAAAUUCUCAACAUUUAAAUCAAUCCAUCAUAAUCCAUAUAAACCUUUAAUUACCCACUAACAUUUCUCAAUUAAAAUACUAGUAUAGUUCUACUUGUAUAUUAUUAAAUCAAAUCAAACUAUAUCAUUUCAUCAUCAAUAAUGUUUAAUUUCGAGUUGAAAAAGUGAGAACGCUACGGCACUGUUUUGUUUCUACGCAACCUUCAAUCACGUAAGUUCUUUCUUUCUAUCACAGUGAUUCUUGCUUCUGGUUAUGCUUGAUGAUGGUUUGCUGGAUUCAUAUUGAGUGGUGAAAUGGUGAUUGAUUAUUGAGAUGUUAGUUACUUUUAGCUGUAUAUAAUAUAAUCUGUGUUUUUUGGAAUUUGGUAUUUGAUUGAUAUGUACUGGUUUGAAAAGUAGUGUUUUUUGUCUGUGGAAGAGAUUGCUUGAUUAAUUAGGAAUUAGUUAGGAUGGAUUUGCAGAAUAAUAUGCAGCCUGAAUUGGGAAAAUUGGAGCAGAUUGUUUAUCAAUUUCUUUUGAAGUGUUUACACAUCAUUUUGGAUUCAAGGGUACCGUUGUUACGUCAACAUGAUAGAAGCGGUGAGUUAUCAAUGGGUGGUUCUCGUGUGAAGAGGAGUGAUAAAUGGUUUAAUUUCGCCUUAGGUGAUCGACCGUCUGCUCUUGAUAACUUGAACUUUUGGCAUAGGAAUUUGAUGGAUCCAAUGAUAAUUGACAUUAUACUAGUUCAUCAAGAGAAUGGUUCUUCUGUUGAGACAGUUAUUGAGAGGUGGAAUGUUCAAUAUGAAUGUCCAAGAGGAAUGGCUCCUCAAACUAGUGACACUACUGUCUCUUACAAGAAAACAUACCAGAAGUCGAUUAUACUGUUUCGUGCGCUUUAUUCUCAAAUGAGGCUUCUCCCAACUCAUAAGAUAUUUAGGCAACUAAGUGCAACAAAUCAUAGUUGUAAUUUUGAUAUUGUCUAUAAGGUAUCUUCCUUUAGUGAUCCAUUUUCUAGGGAAGAAGGAGGGAUGAUGGGAGAAUAUAUUUUCACACCCAUUGACGCGCUUCCAGGACGCCUUAGCUUAUCUGUGACUUACCGUACUACAUUAUCUGAUUUCAACCUUCAGUGUUUAACAUUACCAACAAAAAUAAUCGCUGAUUAUGUUGGAAGCCCGAAUACCGAUCCUUUAAGGUAUUUCCCUUCUUCAGUAAAGGGUGUUCGUGCGCCUCCGUCUUCUUCGCCACUUGAACGCCCUCAUAGCUGGACGCCUGGUUUUCAUAAAGCAGCGCCUUUUGUACAGAACCAUCAGUAUGUUGGAUCACCACCGGCACAUCGUGGUUCUCACAAGCCAUUUGAUUUUCCAUCUCCACCUACUGAUAAUUUCAAUAAUAGAUAUCAUAACCGUCGAAUACAAAGUCGGUCAAGGUCUACAAGUUAUGAUGAGUAUCAACUUUCUCCUCCAUUCUCAUCCUCACCAUCUCCUUCACCACCUAUACAUAUUGGCAAUACGUUGCAUACCCGUAUGCGCUCUGAAACAGCACCUGUGACUAUACCUCAUCCCAUGAUGGGAAAAAGCUCUAGAAAUCUUUCUCCUAAUUUUUUAGAUCCUAAUAGAAAUUCUCUGCCUCCAUUAUCUCCCAGAAGGAAUGAUACAUCGUCACAUGAGUCUCCAUCUGGAAUCAGGUCAUUCAGGAAAAUAGAAUCUCUAAAGAUUGGUCAAAAGAUUGUCAGAGAUAGCAAGGAUGAUUCGGGGCGGUUCUCUGGAUUGUUAUCUUCUAGUGACUCACCACGCAUUGGAGCUUCGAGAACAUCAAGUAGUAGAUUAUCUUUUCAGGAUGACUUGGAUGAUGGUGACUUUUCGUGUCCUUUUGAUGUUGAUGAUGUUGACCCUCCCAAUGUUCUGUCAAGCCAUAAUGUGGAUGGGAGGAAGAGUGCUUUGGAGUCCCCUUCAACAUCAUUACCAAUAGGGAGAAAAUCACAAGAUGCUGCUGUUGGUGUUCUUGUGCACAUGCUUAGAACAGCGCCUCCUUUGCGCCAAGAUUCAAGCUGUUAUUCAUCACAUUCCCUGAAGGCUGAGCUCGAUGGAGGAGUUGCUACCGCUUCCGGAUUCUUCAUGCCUCGAAAGACAACUGAUGCACUUGAAGAGCUUAGGAGUUACAGAGAAAUGAGAGACCUUCUUCUUUCCAAGAGUGGUACUCGGAUCCUGAAAAGAGAUGAAACUUAAGCAUGAUCAUGUGUUGAGGGAGUUGAUGCUGACUUAGGAGGGGUACUAAUUACAAGUUAUACAGAACAAGCGCAUGGGGAAAGAAAUCAGACUGAUGAAUUUUUGUACAUAUAUUGACUUUAUGAUUGGCUAGAAACACCAAAGUUAUUAUUUUAUCAUCAUGAUUAAAAUACUUCUAAUUUGCUAUAAUCUCAUAGACAUUAGAAGUAGUUUGGAUGAAAGGUUGUUGAAUUUAUUUGUAAAGAUGCACAUAUGCUUCUGUUGAAAUGUUGAAUUUUAAGUAGAAAUUAGAAAUUUUGUGGAGUUCGGGAGAGGUA